CCACCGCCUCGAACUACACCAUGGCUCCUCUCGACCUCUGGCUGCGCUGCGAGACCAAGGAGUUCGAGCACCGCUCCAUGCUCACUCCGACCACCGCCAAGAAGCUCAUCGACUCGGGCAAGUUCACCGUCACCGUCGAGCGCGACCCGCAGCGCAUCUUCAAGGACUCCGAGUUCGAGGAGGUCGGCUGCAAGCUCGUCGAGCACAACUCGUGGCCGUCGGCGCCCCUGUCGUCGCUCAUCUGCGGCCUCAAGGAGCUCCCGCCCAACGACACGACCGCCCUCCCGCACGCCCACAUCAUGUUCGCCCACUGCUACAAGCAGCAGGGCGGCUGGAUCGACGUCAUCACUCGGUGGGAGGCCGGCCAGCCGACGGGCAUGCUGUACGACCUCGAGUUCCUCCAGGAGGAGAACGGCCGCCGCGUCGCCGCGUUCGGCUACCACGCCGGGUUUGCCGGCGCCGCUGUCGGCACCCUCGCCCUCGCCAAGCAGGUCGGCAGCAACGGCGAAAAGGAGCGCCUCGGCGAGACCAAGCCCUACCCGAACGAGGCGGCUUUGAUCGCCGACGUCAAGGGCCAGCUCGCCGCCGUCGAGGCCAAGCUCGGCCGCAAGCCGCGCGCGCUCGUCAUCGGCGCGCUCGGUCGGUGCGGCCGUGGCGCCGUCGACUUCUUCAAGGAGGCCGGCUUCGAGGACGACAACAUCGCCAAGUGGGACAUGGCCGAGACGUCCAAGGGCGGGCCGUUCCAGGAGAUCCUCGACGCCGACGUGUUCGUUAACUGCAUCUACCUCACGUCCAAGAUCCCGUCCUUCAUCGCGCCCGAGUCGAUCGAGGCGGCCGGCGACAAGCGCAACCUGCGCGUCGUCGUCGACGUGUCGUGCGACACGACCAACCCGAACAACCCGAUCCCGAUCUACUCGGUCAACACGACGUUCGACAAGCCCACGGUCGAUGUCGAGGGCCUGACGGUCGGUCCGCCGAUGACGGUCGUGUCGAUUGACCACCUGCCGACGCUGUUGCCGCGCGAGGCGUCGGACGCCUUCUCGAACGACCUGCUGCCGUCGCUCAUGACGCUGCCCGAGGCGGUGGCCGAGCGCGAGCCGCGCCAGGGCAAGCCCAUCACGGCGCAGGACGUCGACAAGGCCAAGCCGGAGCGCGUGUGGAAGGAGGCCGAGGCGUUGUUCUGGGACAAGCUCGCGGACGCGCAGAGGGAGACCAAGGGCAAGUCGGCGUAAAAGGGUGGGGGGUCCCUCUCUCUCGAGUCGAGUGUGAAAAGAAACAACCUGCAUGAGCUCUCUC